GGGUACUUGGGGGCUCUCGGGGGUCUCUCCGGGGUCACCAUGGCCCCCCCGUGCUCCUGGCUCCUGGUGAUGGUCGCACCGUUGCUGCUGUUGCCCCCCGGGGCCGCCCCCUCCCCCCCCGCCAUAAGCGACGCAGAAAUUGAGGAGUUUCUGCGGGGCUUCCUCUGGCCGGGGGACGGCGACAGCGACGGGGACAGGGACGGGGACAGCGACAGCGACGGGACCGAGCUGGGCUUUGGUACCCACCCGGACACCGGCACCGGCACCGGCUCCCCGGGACCUCUGGGGGCGGCGGAGCCCCCGAAAGGCAAGAAGGGGAAGAAGGAAAAAGCCCCCAAACCUACCAAGAAGCCCAAGGAGAGACCUCGGGGGUCCAGGAAGGACAAGGACAAGGAAAGGGACAGGGACAAGGAGAGGGGCAAGGGCAAGCCCCCCAAGAAGCCCAAGGAAAAAGCCCCCAAAGGCUCCAAAAAGCCCAAGGAGAAGCCACCCAAGGAGAAGCCACCCAAGGCCACCAAAAAACCCUCCGGGAAGAAGCCACCCGAGCCCCCGACAGCCCCCCCGCAGCCCCCGCUGGAGGAGGGGAUCCCGGGGACCCCCCAGCUGCCGGAGCAGCCCCCGUCCCGCGGGGAGGAGGGGGAUGGAGGUGCCCGAGGGGGAUUGGAGGAGCCACCGAGCGAGGCCUGGGACCUGGGACGAGAGGGGUGGCAUCCGGAGCCUGAGGUCCCCGAGGAGCCGGAGCCCCCGACUCUGGACUACAACGAGCAGCUGGAGCGGGAGGACUAUGAGGACUUUGAGUACAUCCGACGGCAGCAGAGACCCCACAAGCCCCCCAGCAGGAUGAAACCCCCCAGGGUUUGGCCCCAGCCCGAGGAGCCAUUGAAACCAGAGGUGCCAUCUGCCCCCCCACCUCCCUCCCCAACCCUCCCGGUGACCGAAGGGGACUACGAGGAGGGCUUUGACCCCCCCGACUAUGAUGACCUGCAGUAUGGGCUGCCUCCCCCACCCCCCCCGGCCAAGCCCCACAAGCACCCGGACAAGGGCGAGGAGAUGGAGACGGACGAGGAGAAGCUCAAACCCUGGAAGCCCAAGAAGGGUGGGAGCAGCAAGGAGGAGGAGGAGGAGGAUCCUUGGGCUGAGGAGAAAGGCCGGGACCGCAAAGAAAAACCAAAAAAAACAGGAGGGAAGAAGUUGGACCCAGAUGAGGAUGAGUGGGCCCCUCUGGAGGAGAAGACAAGCUGUCCCCCGAUCGGUCUGGAGUCUCACCGCAUUGCUGACGAGCAGCUCCUGGCUUCCUCCAUGCUGCGCCACGGCUUGGGCGCCCAGCGUGGCCGCCUCAACAUGCAGGCGGGCACCAACGAGGACGAUUUCUUUGACGGGGCCUGGUGUGCCGAGGACGACGGGCGGGCACACUGGCUGGAGGUGGACACGCGCCGCACCACCAAGUUCACUGGAGUCAUCACCCAGGGCCGUGACUCCCAGAUCCACGAGGACUUUGUCACCAGCUUCUACGUGGGCUUCAGCAACGACAGCCAGAACUGGGUGAUGUACAGCAACGGCUACGAGGAGAUGAUGUUUUAUGGCAACGUGGACAAGGACACCCCGGUGCUGACCGAGUUCCCCGAGCCCGUGGUGGCGCGGUACCUGCGCAUCUACCCCCAGCGCUGGAACGGCAGCCUCUGCCUGCGCAUGGAGGUCCUGGGCUGCCCCCUCUCCUCCAUCAGCAGCUACUACAGCCAGCAGAAUGAGGUGACCUCCACCGACAACCUGGACUUCCGCCACCACAGCUACAAGGACAUGAGGCAGCUGAUGAAGGUGGUGAACGAGGAGUGUCCCACGAUCACCCGAAUCUACAACAUCGGGAAGAGCUCCCGGGGGCUGAAGAUCUACGCCAUGGAGAUCUCUGACAACCCGGGCGAACACGAGAUGGGAGAGCCGGAGGUGCGGUACACGGCAGGGCUGCACGGCAACGAGGUGCUGGGCCGGGAGCUGCUGCUGCUGCUCCUGCAGUUCCUGUGCCGGGAAUUCCAGGCAGGGAACGCUCGGGUGCGGAGCUUGGUGACCCAAACCCGCAUCCACAUCGUCCCCUCCCUCAACCCCGAUGGCUACGAGCUGGCCCGCCAGGCGGGCUCGGAGCUGGGUAACUGGGCACUGGGCCACUGGACAGAGGAGGGCUACGACCUCUUUGAGAACUUCCCCGACCUGGCAUCCGUGCUGUGGGCGGCUGAGGAGAGGAAACUGGUGCCCCACAAGUUCCCCAACCACCACAUCCCCAUCCCUGAGCACUACCUGGCUGAGGAUGCCACGGUGGCAGUGGAGACCCGUGCCAUCAUGGCGUGGAUGGAGAAGAAUCCCUUCGUGCUGGGAGCCAACCUGCAGGGCGGGGAGAAGUUGGUGUCCUACCCCUUCGACACAGCCCGGACCCUCACCCAGACACCAGCAGCCGCCCCUCACCCCCCCGACUAUGAGGAUGCCCCCCCCGAGCUGCAGGAGACCCCUGACCACGCCAUCUUCCGCUGGUUGGCCAUCUCCUACGCCUCGGCCCACCUCACCAUGACCGAGACUUUCCACGGGGGCUGCCACACGCAGGACGUCACCGACGCCAUGGGCAUCGUGCAGGGGGCCAAGUGGCGCCCCCGGGCCGGCACUAUGAACGACUUCAGCUACCUGCACACCAACUGCCUGGAGCUCUCCUUCUACCUGGGCUGUGACAAAUUCCCCCACGAGAGCGAGCUGCAGCAGGAGUGGGAGAACAACAAGGAAUCGCUGCUCACCUUCAUGGAGCAGGUGCACCGGGGCAUCAAGGGCUCAGUGAAGGACCAGCAGGGAGAACCCAUCGCCAACGCCACCAUCGUGGUGGGGGGCAUCGACCACCCCGUCAGGACAGCCGCCGGGGGCGAUUACUGGCGCAUCCUGAACCCGGGGGAGUACCGGGUGUGGGCCCGGGCCGAGGGGUACAACCCCAGCGCCAAGACCUGCAGCGUCUUCUACGACAUCGGGGCCACCCAGUGCGACUUCGUCCUCUCGCGUUCCAACUGGAAGCGCAUCCGGGAGAUCAUGGCCAUGAACGGGAACCGCCCCAUCCUGCGCCCGGUGCCGGGCCGCCCCAUGACCCCCCGGGAGCGGCUCCGCCUGCGGCUGCG